UGGGUGCUGGUCAGUGGAGGGAUGAAACACUGAGAAAAACAGCACUGAAGUCUGUCACCAGUUAACACGUUAAAACUGUUUAGAAACUACUGAGAAAAGUUUGAUGGUGAUUUUUGGGGAAUUACAAGAGGAUUGUUCAGAGAUACAGGAUGAAAAUGUUCCUUUCCUUCAAAUGGAGCUGUGCCUUACAUGCUGUUUGAGUUUGUCUGCAAUCUGGGCAUUACAAUGACAGUCAGCCCCAACAUUUAAUGAAACACCCAUUCAGAAGAAGCUCUCAACAAUGGACAAUUGUUCUGUUCUUCAUAUGUUCCUCACACUCUCCAUCAUGACUGGCCAGCUUGAGGGCAACCUGCAUGAGAUCCAGUCGAGUCAAACUUCUCACAGCUCUCAUCUGAGAGUAAGGAGAGGCUGGAUUUGGAGCCAGAUAUUUGUGGAAGAAGAAGAUCCGACACCGAGAAAGAUUGGUCAGCUGAAAUCAGACUACGACACAGGGGACUUUACUAUAAAGUACAUCCUCUCAGGUGAGGGAGCGGGUGAGAUCUUUAUCAUCGAUGAGUACACGGGUGAUAUUCACACUGUUCAGUGUCUGGACCGUGAGCAGAAGCCGUUCUACAUACUACAGGCUCAGGCCAUCAACCGCAGGUCCAAACAGCCCGUAGAACCUGAAUCAGAGUUCAUUAUCAAAGUCCAGGACAUCAAUGACAAUGCUCCAGAAUUCAUCAAUGAGCCCUACAUAUCAAGCAUCCCAGAGAUGUGUCCUACAGGAACCUCGGUCAUCCAGGUCACAGCCACAGACUCAGACGAUCCCACGUUUGGGAACAAUGCUAAACUCAUCUACUCCAUCCUUCAGGGGGAGCCAUACUUCUCAGUGGAGCCCAAAACAGGUAUAAUUGUGACAUCAUUGCCAAAUAUGGACAGAGAAUCGAGAGACCUGUAUCUGGUUGUGGUUCAGGUGAAAGAUAUGCUGGGACUCACAGGAGGCUACAGCACCACCACAACUGUUACCAUCAGCUUGACAGAUGUCAAUGACAAUGGACCCACCUUCCAACACAAUUUGUACACAUUUGCUAUAUCAGAGUCAGCUCCGGUGGGCACCACAGUGGGAAGAAUAAUGGCAGAUGACGGUGAUGUUGGUGUGAAUGCAAAAAUGAUCUACAGCUUAGAGGACCUGGAGGGGAGCAGUACAUUUACCAUCCAGACAGACGCUGAUACUCAAGAGGGGAUUGUCACACUGGCUCAGCCACUGGACUAUGAAAGCAAGAGACGGUUUGUCAUCGUUGUCGAGGCCAUCAACGAAAACAUAGACACCCGUUUCCUAAGUGCAUAUGAAUUUCGUGACAGGACAACACUCAAAAUCACUGUGACUAAUGUGGAUGAACCGCCCAUUUUCACUGAAACACCCUACAGAUGGAAGGUUUUAGAAAAUGCUCCUGUCGGCACUACAGUUGGUUCAGUCUACGCCAGAGAUACUGACACCACCAACAACCCCAUCAGAUACAGCAUUUCACAGUACACUGACACCAGUCACAUGUUCAGAAUUGACUUCAGAAAUGGUACAUUGUAUGUGGCUGAGUCUUUGGAUCGAGAGACCGUGGCAUGGCACAAUCUGACCAUCAAUGCCAGAGAGAUCAGUGAUGGUCAGUUGUUCUCUUCAGUGUCUGUGAUUAUCAUGGUUCUUGACAUCAACGACAACAUGCCCACCCUAUCACAACACUAUCAGCCUUAUGUGUGUGAAGAUACUAAGGCAGGAGAGCUGAUUGAGUUGAUCAGUGCCACUGAUGCAGAUGAUCCAGUAGACAGUCAUCAUUUCUACUUCUCCAUGGUACCAGACAAACACAUCAACCCGAACUUCACCAUCAGAGACAACCAAGAUAACACAGCAGGAAUUCUGGCACGUCGCAGCAGCUUUACCCGUCAUGAGCGUAGGCAGUAUUAUCUGCCUGUGGUGAUCCGAGACAGUGGUUCUCCAGUGCUGUCUGGCACCAUUACGCUCACCAUCAGCGUGUGUGCUUGUCAGCCCAGCGGUCACUGUCCGUCUGGCGGUGUGGAAGCCCAGGCGCUUGCUCUGGAUAUCAGCAUGCAGACGGUGCUCGGCUUGUCAUUGUGCUUCAUAACACUUGCAGUGUUGUCCACAAUAAUGCUAGCUGUGCGAAAAUACAGGACAUUACGACUGAAGAAACUGUUGACACACAAGCUGGAGACUGAGGAGUUCUCAGAGAAAGCCAUGAGUUUUGCCAUCCCAGAGAUAGAGUCCAAUAAAACUGUUUCUCUACGGCCUCAUCCACGCCGUCGAGAGCACAGACUGUGCAGGGAGGAAGUGGCCGCCAGCAUCCGCAUGUCGCUGUGCCACUCUAACCUCAUUGGACCCGAGGACGAGGUUUUCCAACAGUUCAUUAUGGAACGGCUGACCGACGCAGAUGAAGACUUGUACGUGCCGCCCUUUGACUGGCUGCACACCUACGCAUUUGAGGGGACAGGGUCGGCGACAGGCUCACUCAGCUCACUGGAUUCUGUGACCUUUGACCCUUGUGAUGAGGGGCCACAUUUCCUGCGACUGACACCCUGGCAAAGUGGAGCAGAAGACGAAACCUCGUUCUGACUUGAUGAACAACAUCUCUAGACCAACAACAAAAAAGAGAAAUCACUUCAGUUUGUCCAUUGAUUCUCCAAGCCAGCAAUGAGAUUAAAUGGAGAGUCUCAUUUUUUCUUCUGAGAGAAAGAUCUCAGUAACCUCACAUGUGUCUCCUCUAAGGUAUUAGAAAAGUCAUCAAACUGUGAAACUCUAUCUAUAAUCCAACAUCAUAGAAAUCAAUAUAAACUCAAACAUUUAUCACCAAAUUCUUCCAAGUCUCUGAGUUAUGCCAUACACAUUAAUUGUAUAGCUCUAUACUCUUACUGUAUGCUGUACACUGAACACAUUUGUCAUAAGGGUUUGAACUGUAGUUUUAAUCAGAGCUAGUUAAUUUUCUGAUAAUAGCGGCAUUUGUAACAUUUAUAUUUUCAGCAGUCUGUUAUAAACAAUAUUUUUAUCAUUUUAUAAUUGCAAAUAUGCCAUUUUUAAUUAACAGUUGCUAUUUUAACAUGCAGCAGCAUGUUAAUUAUUUGUCAUUUAGAGUGAUGCAGUACAAUUUGUAAUAUAAAUAGCAAUGAAAAAAAUAGGUAUAUACUUGCAGCACAAUACAGAUAUACAGAGCAAAGUUGACUGUAUAGCAGUGGGUCUCAACUGGCUUUGCUUCAGGACCCAUAUUUUACAUGUAACCUGUAUUUAAUGUAACCUUAGUUACAUUUUCUUUUAUCUUGAAUACAUUUUAAAAAAGUAUUUCAAGUUUUAAGGGCAUGUCACAAGUAAAAUGUACUGCCCCCUUUACAGUAAAAGCUGAUGAGCCUCUUUUAUUUACUGUCCAGUUUAUUUCCAAAAAAUCAAACAUCAUUCAAAAAGAAAAGAUGUUACGCAGGAGAAAAACAUUGUCCAUAAUUUGUACAUAAGCCUUGAGGUCUAGAAGUUAAAUCCCUUUGCGUACUUGAUCUUACAUUAUAUUUACAGUGCAAUGCCAUGUAUGCACAGGUUAGACCAUCGAUGGAUCCUCAUUACUGUGGUUAGGUCAAUAUAGCUAGCUACAAAAAAGAAAAAAUGAAACAGGAGUCAAGUCAAGUCAAAUAAUUUUUAUUUGUAUAGCGCCUUUCACAGCACACAUCAUUUCAAAGUAGUUUUACAGCAGAUCAGGCAUUAACUUAAGAUAAAACUGUAAUGUCUAUAAUG